AUGGACCCCUCCAACCCAGCUGGGCCAGCUCCCAUCGAAACCCCCCCUGCGCCGCCCAUCGAUCCCUCAAUCUUCUCUGAACGUCUAAGCGACACCCUUACUGCGACCACAUUUCCCACCUCUCCGUCCGCGUUUUCAUCAUCCUCGCUCUUAUCGCCCUCCGAUCUCCCCGCGCAUCCGGCAUCGCAAGCAAUACCCAGGCGCGAUCAAUCAACCUCUACUCUAAACAAGCGCUCCUCAACUGAUUCUCUCCGAUCAACACAGCUCGGGGGUCCCAGCUCUUCCCGGCCCAGUAUGUCGCGUCGAGCGUCGUCCACGUUCGCGACGUCACUCAACGCCAACGGGAUAACAACGUCCAGUAUUGCAGCUGAACACUUCAAAAAAGAAGUUGAGCACCACCAGUCCGCCGACCUACAAUCUCAAACCUUGGUGGUCAUUCACGAUGCGUGUUACGGCCAUCGCUUUUCGCGUCCUCGCACUCCUCGCGCCGCGUUGAGCUCGAUUGUGGAGCGGCCGGAGCGCAUUCAGGCUUGUGUCGUGGGUAUCUCCGCUGCCUUCGUUCGCCUUGCCCAAAGACAUGCUGGAGGAUCGUCUGCCCCUCACCCAGACCUGGACCUACAGCAGCUUCCUGUUCCCCCCUUUCAGAUCCGCAAGACAACAAGGACAUUGCCAUUGAACUCGACGGCCGUUACAAAUGUACAUGGGACGAAAUGGAUGGAGGAUCUCAGAACAAUGUGCGACGCUGCGGAAUCGCGUCUUGCAGUGAAUGGCAAGGAACUAGUACGGCCUCGCAGUACUGGCAAAGACGACACCUCCGGGGCUCCUGCACCGGCCUUCCAUGAGGGGGAUCUUUACUUGUGCUCGGAGUCGUUGAACGCUUUCGAGGGAGCGCUGGGCGGCGUGUGCGAGGGUAUUGAUGCGGUGUUCGGGCCAGGGCCGACGAAGCGCGCAUUCGUUGCAAUAAGGCCUCCAGGUCAUCAUUGUUCUUCGGACCAUCCUUCAGGAUUUUGCUGGAUUAACAAUGUCCAUGUGGGAAUUUCUUACGCUGCGAUGACCCAUGACCUCACGCAUGCUGCAAUCUUGGAUUUCGAUCUACACCACGGCGACGGUGGGCAAAACAUCACUUGGGAGCAGAACAGGAAGGCCUUAGCUGCUCCCAAGAAUGCAGGAGCUCACAAGAAAGCUAUGAUUGGGUAUUUCAGCUUGCAUGACAUCAAUUCGUACCCUUGCGAGAUGGGCGAAGCGGAUAAAGUGCGCAACGCGAGCGUUUGUAUCGACAGGGCACAUGGGCAAUCCAUCUGGAACGUGCAUCUUGAGCCGUGGAACACAGAACAGGACUUUUGGGACCUUUAUUCUGCCAAGUACACUGUCCUGCUAGACAAGGCCCGUGCCUUUCUAAAAAUGCAUACUGAACGUCUAGCGAGCGCUCCGACUGGACCCGCGCCGAAGGCAGCCAUCUUCCUCUCGGCCGGGUUCGAUGCUAGCGAAUGGGAAAGCGCGGGUAUGCAGAGACACAAGGUCAAUGUGCCAACCGAGUUCUACGCUAGAUUCACGGCCGACGUUGUCCGGAUGGCGGAGGAAGAAGGACUAGGUGUUGAUGGACGGUGUAUUAGUGUCCUUGAAGGAGGGUACAGCAACAGGGCGCUGAUAUCAGGCGCCUUGUCUCACUUAUCAGGGCUUUCAGAUACGCAAAGCGCACAGUUGACCGGCGAUAACUCCAUCGACCGUUUGGCGACCGAAAUGACAGAUCGUCUUGGUUUGGCCGAUAACGUACCCACUGAAAUGCCGGUUUACCAUGCCGCUUAUGACCAGGAAUGGUGGUCUCCACCUCUAUUAGAAGAGUUGGAGGCUCUGGUGUAUCCGGCUCUUUCGCCUAGCAAGCCUAAAGAGAAGUCGGCCCCGACGUAUUUUGCUCCGACGCAGUCAUUUACCGCAAAAGUCGUUCUUCCAAGCAGGGAUCGGAAAUCUACAGGUUCACAUGCCAGCUUAGAGCUGGAGCAGCCGCCUCUACCGCCAGUCGAUUGGGCUGUAGCAGCACAUGAGCUGUCCAAGGUUUUGAUACCAAGUGAUAGACAGACCGGUAGCUGUCGGCCUGAAGAACUCAAUGAAAAGGCUUCGCGAUUGAGACGUGAACGUCAUGCCGGCAGCACUGGUGCUCGCGAUGCAGCGGGAACUCCAACUAAGCCUGUGGCAGGGGAGGAAAAGAUGCAGCUCCGCGUAAGAAAGCCCAAAGUUUCCGCUCCUAGCACACCGAGACCUGAGACUCCGGCACGCCGAACUAUCAAGAACAGCCGUAGGACAACACUUGACUCUCCCAGCGUUACCUCGGAGCCAUCCAAAUCCCCUGGACCGCGCACUUCACGAAGAAAGAGUGCAAAUUCGACCACUGCCAGUACGUCUUCUGCUACCGAGCAAGAUCUACCCCCUCCAAGACCGUUGUCGCAGGGUUCGGUCACCAUACGCAAGACUGCUGCUUCCAAAGCUGCAGCGUCGCGUUCAACAACUCCCAAACGCGCUGCGAGUCAAAAGAAACCACCAGCUGUACCCCGGGUACCUAGUACGUUUCUCUCUGCAACGACUCCGGAGGAGCACUCGAUCGCAUCACAGGCUACAUCUGACGCCAGCGAGCGGGUGCUUGACGACAUGGAUCAACUCGCCUCUAACGUUCAAAAGCUGAGCAUAAAACUCAAAUUGCCUUCUCCUGAAGAGAACGCUUCACGAGAAAUGAAGGCAGCAGAGGACCGCAAACGUAGGGCCCCCAAGGGUCCUUCCAAAGCGCCUCGGUCCCUCAAGAAAGCAGCAGCGCGUAAUCAGCCCUCGAAUACUGAUUCGAAGACGACGCCUCAGCUUCCAGUGAGCACUUCCCAGGACGACACUCCGCUACCGGACGUCCCUAGACAACCGUCUACAUUGGCUACCGAGACAGAAUCAGUCACUGAAAGACUAACAAGCGAUUCCUUUGUGACUCCGGUAGCGUCAUUGCCCACUGCAUCCACCACUCCGGUCAUAGAGACUACAAAACCCAUACCAGUGGAUGAAGAGCAUCGUCCGCUUCAGGAGCUCUUUCUGGGACGAACAACCUCAUCGCAGAGUUCGAAUGCAAACGCAGGCAUCUCGCCGCCUCUUACCCCUGGGCCUGCGAGCAAUGCGACAAGUCCCCCGUCCAUGUUGUUCUCACCCCCUGCUUCUGUGUCUGUGACAAAACAUGGCCUUCCUGGGCUCACGUCUUCUGGACCGAUCCCAUUUGCUCCAUCGGAAGCUUCUAGUCCAUUGACCGUGUCCAACACUGAGCCUAACUGA